CUCCUACUCUCCUUUUUUUCCUCUAUACACCACUCUCUUUCUCCCCAUCCUUUCCUCUAUGCCACCCUCUCUUUCCUCCCAUCCGUGCUGCACUUUUUCCUCCACGCCUUCUCCCUCCCCUCCCUCUCCUCCUGUGCACCCCCCGCUCUCUUCCCCUCCAUCCCAGGCCAUCAUGGCCCAGCUGCCUCAAGAGGAGAAGGCCAAGAUCGCCGAGCAGGUGGAGAGCUUCCGGCAGGAGAAAUGCAAGCUGGAUGCCGAGGUGGCCAAAUGGGACGACAACGGCAACGACAUCAUCGUGCUGGCCAAGCAGAUGUGCAUGAUCAUGAUGGAGAUGACUGAUUUCACCAGGGGCAAAGGUCCGUUGAAGAACUCCUCCGACGUGAUCAAUGCUGCCAAGAAGAUCGCAGAGGCGGGCUCCAGGAUGGACAAACUGGCCCGUGCCGUCGCUGACCAGUGCCCCGACUCGGCCUGUAAACAAGACCUGCUGGCAUACCUGCAACGGAUUGCCCUCUACUGUCACCAGCUGAACAUCUGCAGCAAAGUAAAGGCUGAGGUGCAGAACCUCGGGGGAGAGCUCAUCGUCUCGGGGCUUGACAGCGCCACCUCCCUGAUUCAGGCCGCCAAGAACCUGAUGAACGCGGUGGUGCUGACGGUCAAGGCGUCCUACGUGGCGUCGACCAAGUACCAGAAGGUGUACGGCACGGCCGCCGUAAACUCGCCCGUGGUGUCGUGGCGGAUGAAGGUGCCGGAGAAGAAGCCGCUGGUGAAGAGGGAGAAGCCCGAGGAGUGCCAGAUGCGGGUGCGCCGCGGCUCGCAGAAGAAGCACAUCUCACCCGUGCAGGCCCUGAGCGAGUUCAAGGCCAUGGACUCCUUCUAGGCCCCCGCCACGCCGUACCGGCCGCCCAAACCGCUCCCUCGGAUUCCUUCUGAUCUUUCCUUUCUGUUUUCUUUCCGGGUCAUUUGUUGAUCGAGGUUCGGCAGAGAGGCGCCUCCAUGUCCGUAUGUCUCUACGAUAGCUAGCUAGGAUUGGGACGCCAGUGUCGAUGUGGGGAGUCCGGAUUGUGGGGGGGGGGGGGGUUGAGAUUUGCCAUUAGUCAUGUUAGAUUGCCCCAGUGACCCCCCCAGAAUAGGCACCUGAUCACAGACAACAAACAACGAUGGAAAAACGUGAUGUUCAAUGGGAAAUCAAAACUGUCAGGUAUCUCUGAGCGUCGCUGAAUCUUGUGACAUAACAGUAACACGUAAAGUGAUUGACUAUAAUGAUAGUAAUAAUGAUUAUAAUAAUAAUUUGGCUGGAUGUGUGUAUGAAUGGUUUACGAAAAUCAUAUAUCAAAUUAACCAAAUGAAAACCUUGAUGUCAGCUGUUGCUGGUUUUAUGGAUGUUCCAUCAGCUUCUCUCCCUCUCCAUCUAACGAGGCCGCUUAGAUUUGUUCAGUAUCGGUAUUUUUUUAUUUGGUUGUUACUUGUAGUGAUUCAAUGAUGCUCAUGGUUAAUAUACCCAGAACGUAACAUUAGCGUAUGACUCGUUUCUGAUAACCCACGUGGCCCAUAAAGCACAGGAUUCCAUCUACACCAUUUUUAAAAUGUAUUUAUUUAACUAUAAUGCCACUAACUGUUUCGGCCUGGUUGGACAUAGGGUUAGGAUGUUGUUUAAUUUAGAUGUGGAGAGGAUUCAAUACUCCUGUGGAUUGCUUGGAGGUUAAUGCUGUCCAUGUUUUCAUCUUCUCAUGUUCUCCAUUCUCCAAUAAACUCUUCAAUUCUACAUGCUCUGUCAAA